AUGGAGGGAGAAGUAGCUGCCUUGCUCGCAUCCGGUUUCGUCGACAUCGCCAAAGAUAAGCUGGGCUCUGCCAUCGCAGAGCAGGCCAGUGACGACCUGGAGAACAUGAAGGAUGAUCUUGAGCACAUCUCAGCUGUGCUGGAGGACACCGAGAGGCGAUCAGUCAAGGAGAAACGGGUGCAGCUAUGGCUGAAGCGGCUCAAGGACGUCGCUUUAGACAUCUGCGACAUGCUUGAAGACUACCAAGACACUAGCGACCAAGCAAACGCAGAGAUACAUGGCGAACGCCGUGGUUGGAAAAUUUGA